AUUGUUUAACAAAGAAAAAAAUGAUUUGAAGAAGGGGUAGAAUGAUUUUGACCGAAAGAUUUGUGUGUCUGAGAUUGCGAGGAGUGAGUGAGUGAGUGAGUGUUGUCUUCUUCUUCGUUCAGCUCCGCAUGGAGCUUUCUUCUUCUUCAUCUUCUCUUUAUGCUCAUUCCAUUAUUCCCACAUGGAAUUCCUCUUUCAAACUACCCAUUGCUGCUAACUCCACAAACAAACCUUCUCUUUUCUUCUCUCCAUUUUCCAAACACCUUCCUUCAAUUGCUCUCUCCCAUCAUCAUUAUUCAACUUUCUCAACUCAUGUUUCAACAUCAAAGAGACCCAUUUCCAUCAGGGCCUGCAGUGAAGUUGGAGCUGCUGGAUCCGAUCGUCCAUUUGUGGACAAAGUUUUAGAUUUGAAAGAUGCAUGCUGGAGAUUUUUAAGGCCACAUACUAUACGUGGUACAACACUAGGUUCUGUUGCUUUGGUGUCGAGAGCAUUGAUCGAGAACUCAAAUAUGAUAAAGUGGUCUCUUUUGCUAAAAGCAUUCUCUGGUCUUUUUGCCCUGAUUUGUGGGAAUGGUUAUAUAGUUGGCAUCAAUCAAAUAUAUGACAUUAGCAUUGACAAGGUAAACAAACCUUAUUUACCUAUAGCUGCAGGAGAUCUUUCUGUCCAAUCUGCAUGGUUAUUGGUGAUAUUCUUUGCAGCAGCUGGCUUAUUGAUUGUGGGAUUGAACUUUGGACCCUUUAUUUUUUCUCUUUACUCCUUUGGCCUUUUUCUUGGUACUAUAUAUUCCGUUCCUCCACUUAGGAUGAAACGCUUUCCUGUUGCAGCGUUUCUUAUUAUCGCUACGGUACGUGGUUUUCUACUUAACUUUGGUGUGUACUAUGCCACUAGAGCUGCUCUUGGACUUGCUUUCGAGUGGAGUUCCCCUGUGGUUUUUAUCACAACUUUCGUAACAUUUUUCGCGUUGGUAAUUGCUAUAACAAAAGAUCUUCCAGAUGUUGAAGGAGAUCGCAGGUAUCAGAUAUCGACCUUUGCUACAAAACUCGGAGUUCGGAACAUUGCUUUCCUUGGUUCUGGAAUUUUGCUGAUGAACUAUGUUGUUACCAUAUUGGCGGCAAUUUAUAUGCCACAGGCUUUCAGGCGAUGGUUAUUGAUACCAGCUCAUACAAUUUUUGCAUCAAGUUUGAUUUACCAGGUGCAGAUCUUAGAAAAAGCAAAUUAUACAAAGGACGCGAUAUCAGGAUUCUAUCGAUUCAUAUGGAACCUGUUCUAUGCUGAGUAUGCAUUAUUUCCUUUCAUCUAGCAAAAUGUGCUACAUUUUUUUCUUGGAACAUGCAUAGGAAGAAAGAUCUCCGUUGUAUCGUAUCGAAUAUCUACUCGUAAACUAUUAAUAUUUUUUUAAAUAAGUUGAGUAUUUUUGUAUAUAGUAUAGUGUUUCUUUUUUAAUUAGAUGUAAUGUAAUGCCAUCAGAAUUGUAUACAACGGCAGAUUUCAUAAUCUUUCAUGGACAAUAUUUUGUAGUGUUUUAUUACAUUUUAUGCAUGCCAUUGACACAUGCUAUUUUAUCUUUAUAA